UCAGACUUCAGAAAACUCCACCUCACAAUCUUGAGCCACAAGCACAUCUUUUAGGAGGGAAUCCUAUCCCAUAAUUAACUGACCUCAAAAAGCUUCAGUUAACAGGAAGAAACGCUGAAGCCUCAAGAACACAGCAGAGAAACUAAAUCUGAGGGGAGCGCUGCGAAUCAUUCAGUUGUUAGUCAGAGGCACUGCUUCUCUACUGGGAAUGAUGCUAGUCUGGAGUUUUAAGAUCAUGAAGAAGAGGCAACUCCUCUGGGCAACCUUCUGUGUUUUGUGCCUGCUGGAAAAUCCAGUUUCUGGUGAUGAAUCCAAUUCAACUAGUACUUCUCCAACUAUUGCCACCACUGAGAAGUUGAUGACAAUCAUCACUACUACCUCUCCUUUUAAUUCUACCUUUCCAAAUUCUACAACUACAUCACCAGAAGUCACUGUAAGGGAUACUACCACGCAAAAUAAAAUGAUAUUUGUCCAAAGCACACCCACAGCAAAUUUAACUUCAACAGAUACAACAGCAGAGUCAUUUACUACAAAAAAAUGGAUUCCUGGCAAUGAGACAACUCAAAAUGCAACUUCAAUACCACUUCUGACAAGUGAUCAUUUUAAGACAACAACCUAUUCCACCGCCUUUCUUAGCACAGCCAUGACUGAGAACGGCAAUGUGAUGCUCAACAUCACAUGUGUGAAAAUCAAGAAGCUGACUAACACCACUGAAGUGAUAUGCUUGGAACUCGAUGAGGUCCAUUUGUGUGAAAACUUUAAAACAAACAAAGGGGAGGGACUGAGCAAAUUGCUUUGUGAAAAAACAGAAAUGCCAUGUCUUAUUGAACUGGCAGAAUCUGAUGUGAAUCGCCACUGCAUGUUGUUGCUUGCGGUUAACAAAAAAGGUGCAGAAGCAUUGGAUGGCUUUCUGGAACCCAAGCAACACAGUUUAACUGCGCUUGGGAUAAAGUCCUACAAGCGGGAACCCAUUGAGACUCACCAGGCCCAUUCUCGGAAGACCCUUAUUGCCCUGGUCACCACCGGCCUGCUGUUGGCAUUUUUGGGAUUGGCUGGAUAUUACCUUAUGAAACGACGAAGCUGGAGUCCCAUGGGAGAGAGGCUGGGUGAAGAUCCAUAUUACAUCGAAAAUGAUAGCCAUGGCAACCCUGUGAUCCCUGUGGCCUCUCAUGAACAGUCUGACCUGCAGAAUAAACCAAAUCUCAAUGGAGGGGCUCGGGAAAAUGGGACUGGCCAGCCAACCUCGAAAAAUGGACACUCAACCAGGCCCCAGGUUGUUGCUGACACGGAACUGUGAAAAAGCCAUGGCCUUCUUAAUGCAGCUGGAAAAGAUCAAACUGCACAUGCAGAGGAGCUAGGAUGCAAGAAUGUCUUAAAUGAAAUUAUAAUACCUUUAAAAAAAACUUUAACAUCUCAUACUAAAGCAUACAUUUUUCAGGGGCCGACACAGCAUUUGUGUAUGAAAAUUGUUUGUAAAAUUAGCAAACUGCUUAAAUGGGAUUGGGCAUGUUCCUAAUACACAUGGGGUUUUGGGCUUUUUUAUUUUUCUAUAUUUAGAUGUGACAUCCUUCAUAACUGUUCAUCCAGGGAAACAUGAGGCAUGUUUCCUAGAAUUUUAUGGAGAUUUUUCACUAUUAAUGAGUUGCUUAAUAUCUAUCUGAUGCUGUUUAGAGUAAAGAAGGACAUGUUCACUUUUAAAAAUGUAAUCUUAAUUUAAUAUUAAAAUAUAACAGAGAUAUAACAUCUAUGGCCCAGAGUAGAAUGCAGCCUUUGAAAGUAACAGACCCCUCAAAAAUGACAUCACUGAAUUGUAAUUUGUAAUUGCAAUUAUUAAAUAAUUAUAAGCACUAUACAUUUAUCAAUUUAAAUAUAAAUUUAACUGUAAACAAAAUUUUAGUCCCUGUCCUGGCCCCAACCAAUCUUUUUCAUAGAGCCUACCCCCUAGCAUGUAACUCAAAGGUCAGUGUAGACCUAUGUUCAGAUAAAGUUCUGCUCCUGUUGUGCAGUGAGGCAUAUCAAUACCUAGUGAGGUAUUCCAAGUCCUAAUUCACAUGAUCAUUUUACAUGGCAAAGUCAGCCUGGGUGAAUCAGUUCUGUGAAUGCUCAAACAUGCAGCCAUAUUAUGACUUGUCGUAAGCUAUAUUUUACAUGUUUCAAGAUAAAGGGAUUUGUCACUUUGGUCCUUGUUUAUCUGUUACAACUUUGGGAAACCUCCCAAUGCUAUUAUUCUUUGGUAGGGAAUCACUACGCAUCCCCAUAUCCAAUAAGACUGUCUUUCCUGCCUUUCUGCAUUUAUGCUGUGCUGCAAUUUGUACUUAACAUAAACUGAUUGUAACUCUGCAACUCAUCAGAGCCUUCUGAAAUAUGGCUGAGGCAGUUCUUAAACAACACAAAAUAAACUCUUCACUAGAUUUGCUUACUCUGAAAGAACUGAGUACCUUUUCACUUUAAAAGCAUUAGGAAAUAUUUGGUGACAUCUUUUAUAACAUGAAACUGCAGUAGGCAAUUGACCUAAAUCUCAAAUGCUCUCUCUUCUUCGACUUUGGUUUUCUUUGUCCAUAUAUAUAUAUAUGAACAAGCAAACAGCAUAAUGACACAGAACAACUUUCAGAACAACAUAACACUUUCUAGAUGAUUUGGGACUGCUAUUUCUAGAACUCACAAGGACAUCCUUGGAACUCCAAGAGCUGUAGAUCCAAAAAUAUCAGAAGCCAACAGGUUGAGGGAAGCUACCAUAAAGCCACUGAUUUUUUAAUAUAAAGGAGAUAACAAGUCUUUAAAGUGAUCCUCAAUCUGGAUAAAGUUAAUUACAUUGAAAUUAAGGAUGGCAUUAGUUGUAGUUACAUUAAUUGGAGUUCCAUUUUUCUGAGCCUACAAUCCUAUUUAUAAUGUCCUGGGAUUUGAAUACAAUGCAGUUUACUUCUAAGUAGACAUUUAUAGGAUGGCAUAGAACCUAUGAAUUUAGUUUUCAAACAAAAUAUGUUACAGUAUAUUUGUAAAUGCAAAUGCAAAUAUAGCUAUAUUUAAGUUGUAUGCUUAAACAUAUCUAAGAUCUCAAUUGUCAUAGUUUAAUUUAGCCUAUAUUCUAAUUAACACUCAUUUCUUCCCUCUAAUAUUUUUCUCCAUUGCCUUCCCUUCCCUCAGUGCCAUCCUGGGAUUUAUUGACUGUGUAAGUAUUAUCUGAUUAUACAAUGUAGAACAAAAAUGUGA